GAAGAUGUUUGAACUUCUGCUGUUGCUUUCAGUCAUCGGCCCGGCUUCAGCUUGGACAUCGCUGGAGGACUGGGUAUCAGGGAAUGUGACGGUGUCUGUGGGAGACUCUGGCCAGUGUCUGUGCCACGUCUACCUACCCGACACCACCUUCAGUGCCGGUCGGGUGGAGCACAUGCAGCAGGUCACCAAGGAUUUGAUCCUGGAGGUGAACAUACAAAUCGAAAAGAUCGAUAGCUACGAUGGUAAAUUGGGGGUCUUUCUGAGUGAACUGGAGAACCUUGACAUGAGAGUGAAACUGCUGGAGAGCAACCCAGACAAAUACGUCAAACUGGACUUUGAGCUUCUCAGAACGGAGCUCCGUGAGUUUGAGGCCCUGGUCACUGAGCUCCACGAGGCCCUGAACGGCUCCUCACCCACGCUCGACAGUCUGUAUGUGGAGAUCCGCAACAUGACGCUUAUCGUGGACCGACUGGAGGGCUACGACAAGGGCAACCUGGAUGUGGUCCGCCUGGAAUUCGCCAAGUUGAAGAAGAAGCUGGACGACUGCCAGAAGGAGCUGGAGGACAUCAUCACUCCCGACAUCGGCAACUGUGACCACCAAGGCAUCAUCAGCCUCAGCAAGCCCAUGGCCAUCCAGCUCAACGCUGACCUGGAUUCAGGCUAUAGAUACGGGGGUUGGGGGAAAGACUCCAAGCCUGCUCAGGGCUCUGAGUCCAUGUAUUGGUACGGUGGCUACCGUGGCCCAUCCGUUCAAUACCUCAAACUGUACUCUGAUUAUGAUAAACUGAUCUUACGCUCUUCGUUCAAAGUCCACAACAUACCACGUGACACCGGCAACAAUUACAUCGUCCACGGCAACACCAUGUAUUACCAGUACAACAGCCCGUUCAGCAUGUCCAAGUUCAACCUGAAUUCCUCCAAGCACGACUACAGAGUGAUCCCGGACGCCAGUCGGAGGUUCUCGUACAGCAACUCAUCCGAUCAAAACAUGGACUUUGCGGCCGAUGAGAACGGACUGUGGGUGAUCUACGCCACGGAACAGUCGAAAGGUAAGCUGGUCGUGGCCAAGAUAGACAUGCCGUCCUUUGGCAUAGAGAACGUAUGGAGCACCGGGGCGUACAAGCCGCUGGUGGGGAACGCCUUCAUGGUGUGCGGAGUGAUGUACGCCACCAGGCCACUGCCGGUGUCUCCGAACAGCGAGGAGAUCUUCUACUCGUACGACACCAGGAGCGGCCAGGAGAGGCAGCUCAGCAUUCCCUUCGAGAAGUUCCAGCAGAGCUACUACAACCUGCACUACAAUCCGGCCGACCAGAAGCUGUACAUGUACAACGACGGCUACUACGUGUCCUACGAUGUGAAGUUCAACUGAGGGGCCGCACGCUUCCUCCACUCAUUCUUCUCUGUAAUCAGUUAUCUGUUGUGGGGGAUGUGACUGAACUGUUUGCACCUGAAAACAAUGCAAUUUCUGCUUCUCAUUUCCACAAUAAAUUCA